AUGGCCGGCGACAUUGAAGAGAGUCGAGAGAAACACAGCCAUGGCACGUCACACAAGCUGCCGGAUUUGCAGCGAAGGCUCAAAAGCCGACAUCUACAGAUGAUCGCAAUGGGAGGUGCCAUAGGGACAGGUCUGUUCAUCGGUAGUGGGAGUGCCAUUGCUACCGCAGGCCCUGUCGGUGCCCUGAUUGCAUUCACCUUCAUUGGAUCAAUCGUGUAUUCAGUCAUGAUAGCCUUGGGUGAGGUAGCCACCUACCUACCUAUCGCAGGAGCCUUUGCCACAUAUGCGACGCGCCUAGUCGAUCCCAGUCUAGGCUUUGCAAUGGGCUGGAUCUACUGGUUUUCCUGGGCCUCGACAUUUGCCCUAGAACUGACUGCCACUGGCCUGAUCAUUCAAUAUUGGGAUGACGCGAUCCCAAUGGCGAUAUUCAUUGCUGUGUUCUGGGUUGUUAUUAUAAUUCUGAACAUGUUCCCUGUGAGCUGCUACGGUGAAGUCGAAUUCUGGCUUUCGAGUAUCAAAAUCAUCACCGUUGUUGGAUUUAUGAUCUUCGCUAUUUGCAUCAAUGCUGGCGUUGGCAGGGAGGGGUAUCUGGGCUUCAGAUACUGGGUGCAUCCAGGCCCAUUCCGCGCUUAUCUGAUCGAGGAUUCUGGACAAGACGCUCUGGCUAAAUUCGUCGGAUUUUGGGCCAUUCUGAUCAAAGCCGGGUUUUCGUACCAAGGUACCGAGCUGGUCGGUAUUGCAGCGGGUGAGACGGAAAACCCUCGCAAGAAUAUCCCCUCUGCAAUUCGGAAAACCUUCUUUCGGAUCGUGUUUUUCUUUGUCUUUACGAUUUUCUUCGUCGGCAUCGUGGUGCCAUCUGACGAUAAACGCCUUACCUCCGAUGACAGCGGUACGAAUGCGGAUGCAUCCCCCUUCGUCAUUGCUGCGAAACGCGCUGGUGUCAACGUCCUACCUAGUAUCAUCAACGCAGUCCUGCUUACCGUGGUCCUUUCCGCUGCCAAUUCGAACGUCUACAGCGGGAGUCGGAUCCUAGUCGGUUUGGCUCACGAGGGAUUCGCUCCUCGGUUUUUCUUGAAGACAACCAAACACGGCGUGCCCUAUGCAAGUGUUGGGUUUACAGCUCUUUUUGGCCUGUUGGGCUUCCUCAAUGUCUCAAAUGCCGGAGCUACGGUCUUUAACUGGUUGAUGCAAAUUGCUGGCUUGGCAGGUUUUAUUACCUGGGCAUCUCUGAAUAUUUGCCAUCUUGCAUUUAUGAAAGCCUUGGCUGCGCAAGGGAUUUCACGCGACACUCUUCCGUAUAAGGCUCCCUGGCAGCCCUUCUUCUCGUGGUACGGCUUGUUCUUCAACAUCCUUAUCAUUAUUACUCAGGGUUUUACUGCGUUCAUUCCGAAGUUCAGUGUUACGGAUUUCUUCAUCAACUACCUCAGUCUCAUGCUGUUUGCGGUGUUAUACAUUGGUCAUAAGGUUGUUUUCAGGCCGGGAUUUGUGAAGCCUGAACAGGCAGACAUUGAUACAGGACGAUUUGAGGAAUGA